GGAUAAUCCAAAGAUGCACAACUCAGAAAUUUCCAAAAGACUCGGCGCCGAGUGGAAGCUACUGACAGAGAUGGAGAAGCGGCCGUUCAUUGAUGAAGCUAAAAGGCUGAGGCUCUGUAUGGCGGCGCGCUCUACAGCAGUGCCUUAUACAACAGCGCACUGUCUCCAUGCGGAUGUCCUCCUCAAAGGACCCCGUCGCCACCCCCACCAGACGUCAAACGCCCGGUCGCCUACGUCCUGAUGAAGAGUGAUGAGGAACCACCCCAACAUGUCAUAUGAAGGCCGGUGGCGCUCCCGGCGAGAGUCUGGUCGCACUGGGAGCAGCCUUCCACGUCUGUCCAGGAGGAUAGGGCCAGCUCGCCCGAUAGCGUCUAAGACUGAGUAGGAAUCUGCAAACUGGGUUUAGUGACAAAGUGCCCGAAAGUGAAAAUACGAAUAUAAUGUUUCGCGAUGUGACUAAGUUAAUAAGGUGAUGAAGUAAGACAACUGUUGAUUUAGACAAUGGUGCUUUCAUAGGUGACGCUUCCACUAUAAUUCACGAAAAAGUGAUGUUCCGUUCCUUUAUUAAUGUAACACGUUACAUUAAUCCCUAUUAAACAGUGCAAUGUUACAAAAAUACUUUAUGAUCGUGCAAUGUAUAGUUAAAUCGAGUAACUCUCGUUUGAAUAGUUAACAUAUCAUAGCCUAUAGGGUAACUUGUAAAUCUAAGUGUUAGUUAGAAUGUUAUAUGUCAAUUGUAAAAAUGUCAUUUAGUAACAUUUCGUAGAUGCAGUGUUGAUAUUUUUUGCUGUUGGAACAAAAAUUGUAUUAAACCUCAUUUAUUGGGUAUUGUGACCGUUAAAUUCAUCUUUGUCUAGACAAUUAGCUACCAUAAGA